AAAAGUUCAAGUUGGGAGCGUCAACGUCAGGCGUACUCCUCCAUUUAAAUUCUUGUAUUUCCUUGAAUUCCUUCUAUUUUCUGCUUCUCUGAAAAAAAAUUAUAAUGAUCAAAUAAAAUGAAAAUAAAGAAUAAUAUGGACGAGAAAAAAUAAAAAUAAAAAAGGUUUGUUUUGAAAAAAGGUGUUGACUCUAGCAACUAGUUUGUAGUUGUAGUACACUGGUACAGAUACAGUUGCUAAAGCGGGAGUCCAGCAAAGGUUCAGAAGCUUUUCCAUUUUCUCGCCAAUUUCUCAGGAUUUGUCAAAUUGAAUCGAAACAAUAGUUGCCGAAGAUAAUUGGAUUUUAAACUAAUAAAUCGAGAGAUGUUGUCGUUCGGAGUGUAUAUGAAUGCGAGUCGAUAUUCAUUUCCAUCGUUCGUUCCUACAAGAACCUCAGCAUUCACUCUGUCUUCAAGUUCUGUUUCGUUAGUUCCAAUUUUCGUCGCAAGUGUUCCAAAAAAGCCUACUUGCACCAUUAAACGUAUCUCAUGCCUUGCUGAAUCUGGAAAGCCCGAUCAGAAUCCUGACUCGAACCCAAAUUCUAAACCCAAACCUAAGCCUGCUCGGAAAACCAGGGCCCGCACCCCCAAAAACCCAGAAAAAGAGGCCCAGAACUCGAAAAGCCCGUUCGCAAUACCCAAAAAGCCGAGGAGGGGUCGGAGGGGUGAGGCUGCCGCUGUCGAGGAUUUCGUGCGCGGUUCCCUCGAACGGACUCUCGAGUCCAUCGGGAAGCAAAAUCCCGAAAUUCUAAAAAAUGUGGAAAAUGCAAUAAAGGAAAAGUUAGAUGGUAAUUCGAGGUCCGUAAAAAACGAGAGUGACAGUGAUGAAGAUGAAGAUGAAGAAGUUCUUGGCGAUUCGGGAGAAAAAGAGAUGGUGGUUGAUGAGGAGGAUCGCGAUUGGCCGUUGGAUGCUGAAGUAGGGUGGGGAAUUAGGGCCUCCGAAUAUUUCGAUAAGCACUCGAUAAAGAAUGUUGUGGGUGAAGACGGGGCCGAGAUCAACUGGGAGGGAGAGAUUGAAGAUGGGUUGGUGAAAGAGAUUAAUUGUCUCGAGUGGGAGAGAUUUGCUUUUCAUCCGAGCCCGCUAAUCGUCCUCGUUUUCGAAAGAUACAACAGGGCAAGUGAUAACUGGAAGGUUUUAAAGGAGCUGGAAAAGGCAGCUGAGGUUUACUGGAAAGCAAAAGAUCGGUUGCCCCCUCGGACAAUCAAGAUAGAUAUAAACAUUGAAAGGGAUUUGGCGUAUGCUCUUAAGGUUAAAGAGUGCCCGCAGAUUUUGUUCUUUCGUGGGAACAAGAUACUAUACAGAGAGAAAGACUUUAGAUCGGCAGACGAGCUGGUUCAGAUGAUUGCGCAUUUCUAUUACAAUGCGAAAAAACCUUCGUGCGUAAAUGAUGCGUACCUCUCUUCACGUAAAUGAUGUGUUCGUCUCUUCACGAUAUUUGCAGAGGUGUAGAGAUGCCAUGUGAAGAUUGAAUAUUGAGCGUGUGAUAUGAAUUGGAAGUGUUAAGCCUGGCAACACGAAAAACUAGCACAUGGAUAAUGGAUUUCGCUUUUUAUUGUGGCUUUUGAGUUUUGAUUUAAGAAUUAAUGUAUAGAAUGUUGGAAACGUAAAUUUAAGCGUAAAUUGUAAACUUCUUAGGGCAUCGGCAUCAAUUUCAAUUCAUUUUAUCACAAAUUACUCUCUUUUUUAACUACAUCAUCAUUUUAUUCAUUUAAAC